AUGGCAAUGGAAACCAAACAGCAGACGGAAGCCAUGAUAGCUUUCAUGUACAUCGCCGUAGUAGUUGGCCUGUUCCUGCUCAACUCAGAUCGCAUUCAGAAAGCCAUUGAGAUAUGGAACGAAUGUUUGAUUUUGCUAAAUAACACCGAUCAAAACAGCAAAGACCAAUUCAUUUCACGACUCCCACUAAUAUACGAGGCCAUUUAUUCUGCUCUUUUCGGCGCUUAUCGUAGUAUCUCUGAAUACAUCAGUGCGGAAAGAUACGGCAUGAAACUGCUUGUCUUACUCAGCCAGACUGGUGACUUAGUAACAGAAGGAGAUGCAAGCAUGGCUCUAGCAGAGAUAAUUGAGAGUCAAAACAGGUGUACAGAUGCCAAAAAGCUUUAUGAAAAAGCAGUUAAUAUAAAGAGACAAACUGGUGAAAAAAAUGGAGAAGCAAGCGCCUGCAUAAGACUCGGAUAUAUGUUUCAUAAACUUGGCGAAAACCUUAAAGCGAAGGAGUAUCUUCAGAGGGCCCUUACCAUAACAACCGAAAUUGGCGACAAAAGAGGAGAAGCAUCCUGUCACGGAAACAUAGGAAUGUUGCUUAAGUCUCUCGGGCAAUACGACAAGGCUAAAGAGUAUCUCCAAAAAGCGCUUGUCAUUAGAACUGAGAUUGGCGACCGAAAAGAAGAGGCAUUAUGCUACGGAAACCUAGGUAUUGUGUUUCAUUCGCUCGGGCAAUACGACAAGGCUAAAGAGUAUCUUCAAAAAGCGCUUGUCAUCAAAACUGAGAUUGGCGACAGAAAAGGAGAGGCAUUAUGCUACGGAAACCUAGGUACUGUGUUUCAUUCGCUCGGGCAAUACGACAAGGCUAAAGAGUAUCAUCAAAAAGCGCUUGUCAUCAGACCUGAGAUUGGCGACAGAAAAGGAGAGGCAUUAUUCUACGGAAACCUAGGUACUGUGUUUCAUUCGCUCGGGCAAAACGACAAGGCUAAGGAGUAUCUUCAAAAAGCGCUUGUCAUCAGAACUGAGAUUGGCGACAGAAAAGGAGUAGCAGCUGACUACGGAAACCUAGGUACUGUGUUUCAUUUGCUCGGGCAAUACGACAAGUCUAGAGAGUAUCUUCAAAAAGCGCUUGUCAUCAGAACUGAGAUUGGCGACAGAAAAGGAAUGGCAGCUGACUACGGAAACCUAGGUACUGUGUUUCAUUCGCUCGGGCAAAACGACAAGGCUAAAGAGUAUCUUCAAAAAGCGCUUGUCAUCAGAACUGAGAUUGGAGACAGAGAAGGAGUAGCAGCUGACUACCGAUACCUAGGUACAGUGUUUCAUUCGCUCAGGCAAUACGACAAGGCUAAAGAGUAUCUUCAAAAGGCGCUUGUCAUAGGAACUGAGAUUGGCGACCGAAAAGGAGAGGCAUCAUGCUGCGGAAACCUAGGUGCUGUGUUUCAUUCGCUCGGGCAAUACGACAAGGCUAAAGAGUAUCUUCAAAAAGCGCUUGUCAUCAGAACUGAGAUUGGCGACAGAGAAGGAGUAGCAACUGACUACGAAAACCUAGGUAUUGUGUUUCAUUCGCUCGGGCAAUACGAUAAGGCUAAAGAGUAUCUCUAAAAAGCCCUUGUCAUUAGAACUGAGAUUGGCGACCGAAAAGGAGAGGCAUCAUGCUGCGGAAACUUAGGUGCUGUGUUUCAUUCGCUCGGGCAAUACGACAAGGCUGAAGAGUAUCAUCAAAAAGCCCUUGUCAUUAGAACUGAGAUUGGCGACCGAAAAGGAGAGGCAUCAUGCUGCGGAAACCUAGGUACUGUGUUUCAUUCGCUCGGGCAAUACGACAAGGCUAAAGAGUAUCUUCAAAAAGCGCUUGUCAUCAGAACUGAGAUUGGCGACAGAGAAGGAGUAGCAGCUGACUACGGAAGCCUAGGUAGUGUGUUUUAUUCGCUCGGGCAAUACGACAAGGCUAAAGAGUAUCAUCAAAAAGCGCUUGUCAUCAAAACUGAGAUUGGCGACAGAAAAGGAGAGGCAUUAUGCUACGGAAACCUAGGUACUGUGUUUCAUUCGCUCGGGCAAUACGACAAGGCUAAAGAGUAUCAUCAAAAAGCGCUUGCCAUCAGACCUGAGAUUGGCGACAGAAAAGGAGAGGCAUUAUUCUACGGAAACCUAGGUACUGUGUUUCAUUCGCUCGGGCAAAACGACAAGGCUAAAGAGUAUCUCCAAAAAGCGCUUGUCAUCAGAACUGAGAUUGGCGACAGAAAAGGAGAAGCAGCUGACUACGGAAACCUAGGUACUGUGUUUCAUUUGCUCGGGCAAUACGACAAGUCUAAAGAGUAUCUUCAAAAAGCGCUUGUCAUCAGAACUGAGAUUGGCGACAGAAAAGGAAUGGCAGCUGACUACGGAAACCUAGGUACUGUGUUUCAUUCGCUCGGGCAAAACGACAAGGCUAAAGAGUAUCUUCAAAAAGCGCUUGUCAUCAGAACUGAGAUUGGAGACAGAGAAGGAGUAGCAGCUGACUACCGAUACCUAGGUACAGUGUUUCAUUCGCUCAGGCAAUACGACAAGGCUAAAGAGUAUCUUCAAAAGGCGCUUGUCAUAGGAACUGAGAUUGGCGACCGAAAAGGAGAGGCAUCAUGCUGCGGAAACCUAGGUGCUGUGUUUCAUUCGCUCGGGCAAUACGACAAGGCUAAAGAGUAUCUUCAAGAAGCGCUUGUCAUCAGAACUGAGAUUGGCGACAGAGAAGGAGUAGCAACUGACUACGAAAACCUAGGUAUUGUGUUUCAUUCGCUCGGGCAAUACGAUAAGGCUAAAGAGUAUCUCCAAAAAGCCCUUGUCAUUAGAACUGAGAUUGGCGACCGAAAAGGAGAGGCAUCAUGCUGCGGAAACUUAGGUGCUGUGUUUCAUUCGCUCGGGCAAUACGACAAGGCUGAAGAGUAUCAUCAAAAAGCCCUUGUCAUUAGAACUGAGAUUGGCGACCGAAAAGGAGAGGCAUCAUGCUGCGGAAACCUAGGUACUGUGUUUCAUUCGCUCGGGCAAUACGACAAGGCUAAAGAGUAUCUUCAAAAAAGCGCUUGUCAUCAGAACUGAGAUUGGCGACAGAGAAGGAGUAGCAGCUGACUACGGAAGCCUAGGUAGUGUGUUUUAUUCGCUCGGGCAAUACGACAAAGCUAAAGAGUAUCAUCAAAAAGCGCUUGUCAUCAAAACUGAGAUUGGCGACAGAAAAGGAGAGGCAUUAUGCUACGGAAACCUAGGUACUGUGUUUCAUUCGCUCGGGCAAUACGACAAGGCUAAAGAGUAUCAUCAAAAAGCGCUUGUCAUCAGACCUGAGAUUGGCGACAGAAAAGGAGAGGCAUUAUUCUACGGAAACCUAGGUACUGUGUUUCAUUCGCUCGGGCAAAACGACAAGGCUAAAGAGUAUCUUCAAAAAGCGCUUGUCAUCAGACCUGAGAUUGGCGACAGAAAAGGAGUAGCAGCUGACUACGGAAACCUAGGUACUGUGUUUCAUUUGCUCGGGCAAUACGACAAGUCUAAAGAGUAUCUUCAAAAAGCGCUUGUCAUCAGAACUGAGAUUGGCGACAGAAAAGGAAUGGCAGCUGACUACGGAAACCUAGGUACUGUGUUUCAUUCGCUCGGGCAAAACGACAAGGCUAAAGAGUAUCUUCAAAAAGCGCUUGUCAUCAGAACUGAGAUUGGAGACAGAGAAGGAGUAGUAGCUGACUACCGAUACCUAAGUACAGUGUUUCAUUCGCUCAGGCAAUACGACAAGGCUAAAGAGUAUCUUCAAAAGGCGCUUGUCAUAGGAACUGAGAUUGGCGACCGAAAAGGAGAGGCAUCAUGCUGCGGAAACCUAGGUGCUGUGUUUCAUUCGCUCGGGCAAUACGACAAGGCUAAAGAGUAUCUUCAAGAAGCGCUUGUCAUCAGAACUGAGAUUGGCGACAGAGAAGGAGUAGCAACUGACUACGAAAUCCUAGGUAUUGUGUUUCAUUCGCUCGGGCAAUACGAUAAGGCUAAAGAGUAUCUCCAAAAAGCCCUUGUCAUUAGAACUGAGAUUGGCGACCGAAAAGGAGAGGCAUCAUGCUGCGGAAACUUAGGUGCUGUGUUUCAUUCGCUCGGGCAAUACGACAAGGCUGAAGAGUAUCAUCAAAAAGCCCUUGUCAUUAGAACUGAGAUUGGCGACCGAAAAGGAGAGGCAUCAUGCUGCGGAAACCUAGGUACUGUGUUUCAUUCGCUCGGGCAAUACGACAAGGCUAAAGAGUAUCUUCAAAAAGCGCUUGUCAUCAGAACUGAGAUUGGCGACAGAGAAGGAGUAGCAGCUGACUACGGAAGCCUAGGUAGUGUGUUUUAUUCGCUCGGGCAAUACGACAAAGCUAAAGAGUAUCUUCAAAAAGCGCUUGUCAUCAAAACUGAGAUUGGCGACAGAAAAGGAGAGGCAUUAUGCUACGGAAACCUAGGUACUGUGUUUCAUUCGCUCGGGCAAUACGACAAGGCUAAAGAGUAUCAUCAAAAAGCGCUUGUCAUCAGAACUGAGAUUGGCGACAGAAAAGGAGAGGCAUUAUUCUACGGAAACCUAGGUACUGUGUUUCAUUCGCUCGGGCAAAACGACAAGGCUAAAGAGUAUCUUCAAAAAGCGCUUGUCAUCAGAACUGAGAUUGGCGACAGAAAAGGAGUAGCAGCUGACUACGGAAACCUAGGUACUGUGUUUCAUUUGCUCGGGCAAUACGACAAGUCUAGAGAGUAUCUUCAAAAAGCGCUUGUCAUCAGAACUGAGAUUGGCGACAGCAAAGGAAUGGCAGCUGACUACGGAAACCUAGGUACUGUGUUUCAUUCGCUCGGGCAAUACGACAAGGCUAAAGAGUAUCAUCAAUAAGCGCUUGUCAUCAGAACUGAGAUUGGCGACAGAGAAGGAGUAGCAGCUGACUACGGAAACCUAGGUACUGUGUUUCAUUCGCUCAGGCAAUACGACAAGGCUAAAGAGUAUCAUCGAAAAGCGCUUGUCAUCAGAACUGAGAUUGGCGACAGAAAAGGAAUGGCAGCUGACUACGGAAACCUAGGUACUGUGUUUCAUUCGCUCGGGCAAUACGGCAAGGCUAAAGAGUAUCAACAAAAAGCGCUUAAUAUCAGAACUGAAAUCAGUGAUAAGAGAGGGGAGGCAGCAGUUCUUGCAAAUCUUGGAAAUAUUUCCAGAUUUGUUGGAGAUUAUGAAGCUUCAGAAGUAUGCUUGGAGAAAGCUUUAUCCAUUUCCAGAGAUAUUGGAGAUAGAAGGAGAGUAUUCCAAAUUCUUCAAGAAUACGCCAUUUUGUAUUUAUUUCAAAAUAAAGUCGAAGACUCCCUUUCGUGUCUUCAAUUUUGUAUUGAAAAGUAUGAGGAGCUGAGAUCUUUCUUGGGCGCCAAUGAUCAGUUCAAAACAUCAUUUCUGGAGCACUCAGGAAUAUUUCCCUACAAGCUGCUUUGCACUCUGCUUUGUGACACCGGAAAAACUCGUGAUGCUCUUUAUGUUGAGGAGUUGGGUCGAGCUAGAGGCCUAUCAGACUUGAUGGCAGAGAAGUACUCGGUUAAAACGCACAUCUCUGCUAAUCCACAAUCUUGGUUUGGCAUUGAAAACAUUUUUAGAACGAAAAACAACUGUACUUGUCUGUACAUUUCUUAUUUUCACAAUCAUCUGCAUUUGUGGAUCUUGAAAACAGGUGGAGUCCUUCACUAUAGAAGAAUAUCACCUGAAGAGAAUCUAGUUCAAGCCGGGUUGCCCAAAGACUUGCCUCUGAGUAAAUUUUUGGCUAAAAAUUUCCGGAGUCUUGGUAUUUUGCCCAUUGAAGAUUGUGAAGAUCGGUCUUUAAAUGUGGUUGAAUCGCAACCUCUCUCCCCCGAACAAAAAAGCUCAGCAAGGUUGCGACUCUUGGAGGAGGGCGAGGACGAGGAAGUCAUUUCAAGUCUAUCCUUGUGUUACAAAAUGUUUAUUGCCCCCGUUUAUGAUUUGCUUGAGGAGCCUGAAUUGAUUAUUGUUCCUGACCGCAGUUUGUACAAAGUUCCCUUUGCUGCCCUGAGAGAAAAGGAGGGAGCCGAAUACCUGUCAGAGACUCGUAGGAUCCGUGUCAUUCCUUCUUUGACGACACUCAAGAUCAUUCAAGAUAGUCCAGAGGACUAUCACAGCAACACUGGUGCCUUGAUAAUAGGCAAUCCCACGGUUGAUUUGCCAGGUGCAGGAAAGGAAGCGGAGAUGGUCGGACGACUGGUGGGCGUUCCCCCCCUGGUUGAAAAGGAAGCAACGAAGCAGGCAGUAAUAGAGCGGAUAAGUUCAGUGAGCCUAAUACAUUUUGCUGCCCAUGGUAGCGCCGAAAGGGGAGAAAUUGCCCUCUCCCCCAUUCCUUCUGUCAACAGUCAAAACACUAUCCUACCUAAGGAAGCUUCCAUGUUGACGAUGGCUGAUGUCUCAAGAGUGAAAGUCAAAGCCAAACUGGUGGUACUUAGCUGCUGUCACAGUGGAAAUGGAGAUAUAACAGCCGAGGGAGUUAUAGGAAUUGCCCGUGCGUUCUUAGGAUCCGGUGCUCGCUCGGUGUUGGUUGCGCUGUGGGCCAUUUCAGACUCAGCAACAGAGAAGCUGAUGAGUCGGUUCUACGAACACCUUGUUGAAGGAGAAAGUGCCAGUGAAUCCCUUCAUCAGGCCAUGAAGUGGAUGAGAAAAAACGGCUCGACCAAAGUGUCUGAGUGGGCUUCGUUUACGCUGAUUGGAGAUGAUGUUAGGCUCGAGUUCACAAACAGAGGUAAGACUCGGUGA